UUUGGGCCUUCGAUUUCUUAAUGGGCUUUUCCCUAUUUCUCUCUCUCUUUCUCUCUAUUUCCUAAACCCUUGUAAAAUCGAAGGCUUCAAUUUCUAUUCCCCUUGUUUUUCUGUGUCUGAAAUCUUACUACAGAUUAACUUCAACCAAUUUUCCUGAAUGGGACGCGGUUCGUCCAAUCAUUCAGAGUCUCCAGGUAGAAGGCAAGGGUCUCCUCAUAAGAGAAGUCCAUCUCAUAGAGAAAGAUCACCGGGGAGACACAAGAGUUCGCAUAAAGGAAGCUCCCCUGUAAGCGAAAAGUAUCCUUCUCGGCACAGGAUCUCUCACAGGGAUUAUUCUUUGGAAAGAGAGAAACGUUCUGAUGAUGUUAAGUCUCCAAAGCAUGCUAGUCCAUGCUCUCCCAUUUCUCGCUCUCCCUCUCCCCAGACAAAGAGGUUGAGGAGAGCGCAGGCUGAAAAGGAGGUUGAGAAAGUUAAAGAGAGGGAGUAUGAGAGAAAUCAUAGCAGGGGUAAUGAGAAGAGUACACAGAAGGAAAGAGCUUCAGGGAAGGAAAGGAUUUCAGAGAGGGAAAUGGGGGGUGACAGAAAGGAGAGACGAUCAGGAAGAGAUGAUACUAAUAGCAAGUCUAGUAGAGGAAGACAUGAGCGAUCUGCUUCUCCAUCUGAUCGCCACCACAGGAGCAGGCAUAGAUCUCGCUCACCUGCAUCAAAUUCAAGAGCUCGUGAUGAGGUGACUAAUUCAAGAGAUGCUGAACAAAGGGGGUUGUUGACAUCAGAGGAUGAUGAAGAUUCUGUCGCUAAGAUGAAGGCAGCUGAGGAGGCCUUGGAAGCAAAACAAAAGCAAAAACCUACAUUUGAGUUAUCUGGAAAGCUUGCAGCAGAAACGAACAGAGUUAGAGGAGUGACUCUGCUGUUCAAUGAACCCCCGGAUGCUCGAAAACCUGAUAUAAGAUGGCGACUCUAUGUUUUCAAAGCUGGUGAAGUACUAAAUGAGCCCCUUUAUAUACAUCGCCAAAGCUGUUACCUUUUUGGGAGGGAAAGACGAGUAGCAGACAUACCGACAGACCAUCCAUCCUGCAGCAAGCAACACGCUGUCAUUCAGUUCCGGCAGGUAGAGAAAGAGCAACCUGAUGGUAUGUUAACCAAGCAAGUAAGGCCUUAUAUAAUGGACCUUGGAAGCACUAAUAAAACUUUUAUUAAUGACAAUGCUAUCGAACCUCAACGUUAUUAUGAACUUUUUGAGAAAGACACCAUUAAAUUUGGUAAUAGUAGCCGAGAGUAUGUUCUACUGCACGAGAACUCUUCCCAGUGACUGGUACUCGCAGGCCACAUCUCCCAUAUGAACUCAUCUCUUCAACAUGCUCCCGAAAUGGGAAUAUAUUUGUUAUCAACGCAUUUAUUACAAAAUACAAGGAACGUCAUCGUGGUACUCAUUUUUCCUCAUUUGAGACUGACAAGUUUUAUUGUAGAACUAGAUGUUGGAUUUAAUCCGGUUCAUGCUAGCAUAUGCUAAUGUUCUCUUGAAAGUAGCCAAUGCCUGUACUUUGCGUGUACUAUCUUCUUUUUAUGGUACAUUAUGUGUUAUUAGCCAA